AUGUCCGAACUGACUAAAGAGCUGAUGGAGCUGGUGUGGGGCACCAACAGCAGCCCCGGUCUCUCUGACACCAUCUUCUGCCGCUGGACGCAAGGGUUUGUGUUUAGUGACUCAGAGGGAUCUGCAUUAGAACAGUUUGAAGGUGGCCCCUGUGCUGUUAUCGCGCCUGUUCAGGCAUUUCUUUUGAAGAAGCUCCUGUUUUCUUCUGAGAAGUCUUCUUGGAGGGAUUGCCCAGAGGAAGAGCGGAAGGAGCUCCUUUGUCAUACCUUGUGUGAUAUUUUAGAAAGUGCUGGUUGUGACAACUCGGGAUCCUACUGCUUGGUUUCAUGGUUAAGAGGAAAAACAACUGAGGAAACCGCUAGUCUUUCUGGGAGCCCUGCACAGUCUAGUUGCCAAGUGGAACAUUCUUCUGCCUUGGCUGUCGAAGAGCUUGGCUUUGAGCGAUUUCAUGCAUUAAUUCAAAAAAGAUCAUUCAGAAGUUUAGCAGAAUUAAGAGAUGCUGUCUUGGACCAGUAUUCAAUGUGGGGAAACAAAUUUGGAGUAUUGCUUUUUCUGUAUUCUGUGUUACUGACAAAGGGCAUUGAAAACAUAAAAAAUGAAAUUGAAGAUUCGAGUGAGCCUUUGAUAGAUCCUGUGUAUGGACAUGGCAGCCAAAGUUUAAUUAACCUCCUGCUGACAGGACACGCUGUUUCUAAUGUAUGGGAUGGCGAUAGAGAAUGCUCAGGAAUGAAACUUCUUGGUAUACAUGAACAAGCUGCUGUAGGAUUCUUAACACUCAUGGAAGCUUUAAGAUACUGUAAGGUUGGCUCUUACUUGAAAUCUCCAAAAUUCCCUAUUUGGAUUGUUGGCAGUGAAACUCACCUCACCGUAUUUUUUGCCAAGGAUAUGGCUUUAGUUGCCCCUGAGGCUCCUUCAGAACAAGCCAGAAGAGUUUUUCAAACUUAUGAUCCAGAAGAUAAUGGAUUCAUACCUGACUCACUUCUAGAAGAUGUGAUGAAAGCAUUGGACCUCGUUUCAGAUCCUGAAUAUAUAAAUCUCAUGAAGAAUAAAUUAGAUCCAGAAGGAUUAGGAAUCAUAUUAUUGGGUCCAUUUCUUCAAGAAUUUUUUCCUGAUCAGGGUUCCAGUGGUCCAGAGUCUUUUACUGUCUACCACUACAAUGGAUUGAAACAGUCAAAUUACAAUGAAAAGGUAAUGUAUGUGGAAGGAACCGCAGUUGUUAUGGGGUUUGAAGACCCCCUGCUACAGACAGAUGACACGCCCAUUAAACGCUGUCUCCAAACCAAAUGGCCAUACAUUGAGUUACUCUGGACCACAGAUCGCUCUCCUUCACUAAACUGA